CUUGUCCUUCGUGCGAGCAUCGUCCAUUUAUUUGUCGGUAUGCCUGUGCUAGCCGAGUUUCUUAUUCUUUUCCUCGGACAAUAUUUGCUAAGUUUUGAUUUGACACACGUUUACAGUUACACUAUGCUGAUACCCCUCUUGUAUACCACGUAUUGCUCUUUUACAUUGUAUGCCCCGCAAGAAAAACAAAUAAAUCUCAUGCAUUCGUCUAUCAUGUGAAAUUGCAACGCCAACAAAUUCUCACUUGCGACUGUGUAUCGCGUAGAACUGCCCGGCUGUCUGUCAGUAGAAGCAGUAUAAUUGUCAGAAAGCAAAUACCAGCGCCACGACCGGGAGGACUGUGCAUGAUCCGGCGACGGGGCGAUCUCGAUGCGAUUUCCAGCCAAGGACUACGAGAUGACCUUCAGGAAAAACGAUAGCGCGACCACGAACUAUUUCGAUUUCCAAAUUAAUCCGGUGGAGAAGCGAAAGGCCUCGCCCGCUGAAGUCCUUGCUAGCGCAUAAGCAGAACCACUUCCAAAGAUGUCGGACAACCCAAGAAGCACUUCCGGCGGAACUAAAGCCGCGGCCAGCGGCCGCGCGCGAAGCCAAGCCGACCCAAGCAGUACUUCCGCUAGUGUGCGAGGUGGAACCAGCAGCAACGCAGGGAGUAAUGAAAACGAAGCCGCGCAGAGUGCAUCGCCGGGGGAAGCGACAGGAACGACGGGGAACCGCGCGACAGAAAAUUUGUCGACCACGAGUGCCGCCAAUACAACCUCGAGACUAGCCGGCUACUCCGCCGCUGCCAACGCCCCCAAUGUCCUCCCGUCUUCGGCUGCAGCAACAGGAGCCGGAACAAAUUUACCGUCAGCUAGUACAACUUCUAGUACAACACCAGGCACCAGCAUGACAAGUAACUCUGUCCCGCAACUGGGCACCAACACCGCGAUCGUUUCGGGCGAUGCGAUCGUCGGCGUUUCCCUGCUGAACCAGCUGAAAUUCUCGUCCACCCAACAGCAGUUACUCCUCGCUCUUCCCUGGAACAGCCGGAAUCUGUUGAACAAUCCGGGGCUGGCUGCCGGUGCGAGGGAGAAGCUGCAGAGUGCGACCAAUUUGUUGCAAUUAUUACCGGAGAAAGAUCUUCUCCCAGCGGGGCUGAUGAAUCUGAUGAACAAGAGCACGAUGACGACGUCGCUGUUGGCACGAAACCGGGCGGGCGGUGGUAGUUCAACAGCUGGUGGAGUAGGAGGCAUGUCAGGAGGAGGUAGUUCUAUUACCGCUUCUGCCGUAGCCGCCCUCGCCCUGUCGGACAGUGGGGAUACCACGACCAACGUCAGCGUCAACCCCCAGGACCACCAACAGCUUUUGGAAUUAUUAGCGGAGCAAGCGAGAUUUUUUCUGGCGGACAAGUUCCUCAGCAAGUACGACCCGUUUUACGGAAGACACGUUGUAGGUGAUAAGAAUAGAGGACAACUCAGGCUCUCUUCAACAAGAAACACAACUGUCGGGGGCGGGAUGAAUAAUGGUAGAACUAGUACGGGCGGAGUUCUCAAGACAGAUGAUAGUGGAAUUGCAGCUCCCAACCGGGUUACUCAAUCCGCGUCGAAGCUGAGUGUGGCGACCAACAGCACGACAUCAAACACAUCCAAUAGCAAUUCCAGCGGGACGAGUCAACAGCUGGAACAGCUCCUGAAUGACAAUAACUCACCUUCAUCAUCCCAGAAUAACUACAAGAAGCUCUUCCUGGCCUCUUCCCGCCUCGCUUUUCUGCACAAAAAUGACCUGGCGGAAUAUCUCUGCAACGAUCCUUAUGGCCCGACUCCAUGCCAAUACGACAAGGCGAUGAAGGCACUCAUGUUGUACAAGCAGAAAACUUUAAGCUCGGCGAAUGCCCAAUUUUCGAACGACCAGGCUGGGUCCGCCACUUCUAAUAUCGGCGACGAAAAUCUGUACUCGGGGACCCUUCCCGGGGGGCAAGUGCAGUCGUUUCUGCAGUCUUCGCAGCAAGGGCCGCAGCGGGGGAGAAUUGACGUUUCCGGGCGCAGUUCGUUCAACAGCCACACGGAGGACGACAUGCUCUCCAUUUACGCGACAAGACACGCACGGAGGUUUUUCGCCGCACGAGAAACGAGGAGACUACAGGGAUUCAUCGUCGCCGCACCAGAGAACAAUGAUUCAACUAGCGGUGGUUUUAUCGACGCGACUGAUCCAUCAGGACGAAUCAGCGCGACCGGUGCUGCUGGUGCAGCAAAGCAGCACAACAGCUACUCGAAGUCUGGCGCGAGAGACAUGGUAAAUAUCAAAUACCACGCAAAAGACCACGCGCACCAGAACCCGCUACAGAGUCUGAACCUUUACGGAAUGAAAAAGCAAUUGACUCCUGCACUAGGUUCUUCAGGUUCGGGGCUCCUGCAGCAGAGUGGCGGCCAGCAGGCGGUGCUGCAGAAGCCGCACCUUCCUGCAGUGGAGCUACGGAAGACGCAGGAGGAGGCUCUUGCUGAAAUCAUGAGGCUGAGAGCCGAUUUGAGUCUGGAGAUGUUUGGCGGGACGAGUGGAUCUUCUGGUGGUAGUACAACUACGACGACACAUCAACUACACCAACAUCCACAACACGCAGGUGGAGUUGUUCAUCAACAAAUGAAUACAACCGCACAACCAAAUCAACAGCCGCAGCAACAACUUGUAGUUCCCACGACCCAACAAGCCCAACAUCAACAAGCACAAACUGCGGUGAAUAGUAUCUUCGACAGGGAAAGAGAGCAGCAGCUCCGCGAACUGUUCGCGAACAAGACCGCAGUCCCCACUUUUUUGACGCCCGUUAUGUCGGUCUCAAACGUUACAUUCUCAACUGUUACAUGAAUUUGUCAUGCAAAAGUACCUUGAGCCGGCAGAUGAUCGAGCUGCUUCGCAUGACAAAUUUCGGAAGGGCUAGACAGCAUCGAAAUCUGCGCCAAACUUGUAAUGCAAAAGGCGCAAUCUUCCUCCUUUCACUUUUGCCAGUCUUGCAUUACAAAUUCAUGUAACAGUUGAGAAUGUAAAACUUGAGAGCGCCAUACCCGUGUCCGCAGAUUUUUUUCGGGGGACGAGCAUGUUGUCCAGCGUUUCGCCGGACUUCAAUUUCCACUUGAAAAUGAACGACUUGCUGUCAUAUUUGUUCGCCGCAACGAACAAUGGAAAUAAUGCACAGCAACAGCAACAACUGGGCGAAAACCCGGGAGUAGGAAAUAAAGUGAUGAGCACUCCCAACGCGGGCUACGAAUUCGAAUUCACGCAAACAUUUGAAUCCCUUUACGCGGCAAUGAGCGCAGACAAACAAGGCCCACAGGUCGUGGUAGCUCAGUCCACGGACAAGUCCCGGCCGGCGGCGAAGUACUUAUCUGAUUUCGGGCAGCUGUUUCGCACGAGGAACGACCACCUGAUCAGUUCUCUGCACCAGACCAGAAUCACGUUUGCGAACAUGAAGGAGUUUGUGAACAAUAUCGUACGGAAAAAUCCCCCCUCCCCAUAUUGAAAAGGUAUGUUUUUGAACAUUUGCGUUGCUGGUUUGAGGUCACAAAUCACAUUUGUCUUGCAGGAAGACAAGGGCAGAAGCUUCCGCCCCAUUUUUAUGGAAGCGAUUUGCCACGCUGGCGGGCUUAAAGGGGAGCCGUUUGCCAUGCUGAGCAACUACACCCAUACGCCCCUGCCUAGCCUGGGGAGCUGGCCGCAAUGCCUCUCUGCAAUACAAAGCCGAUUUGUGUACACAAAUCCAGCAUCAGAAAUUCCGUUUUGAUAUGGGGAGGGGGGAUUUUUCUUUUCGAUAAACAAUCUGAACAAUUUUUACUUCGCGGUGCGGUACUGCGUGGACGCAAACGAGGACCAGCAACUGCUGCGGAGCUCCGCGUACAAAAAUAACAGCAGUACUAGUGGAAACGCGUCAACAUCUUCGUCGUCAACUCCGAAUAACAAGUCCAGCAGCGGUAUCAAUAAGGAGACCCACGGCGACGCGGUUGCGCGGAAGCAGCUGACAAGUGAGCUGGAGCAGAUUUUGUUCCUGCAGUGCUUCAAGGACGGGUACUUACUACAGAAGGACUGUCCGGAAGAUUUGGCCUUCUUUCAGACCGGGUUCAGCAGUGUUGGUGGCGAGGGGGAGGACGGUGCUGAUGGGGUGAAAACGACGGGAAUAAAUUUGAAUUCGAGUACUACAGGAGCUUCUAGAGGCGGAACAAAUAACGCCAACAGCAGGUCAACCCGGCCGAACAAAGGGUCUUCCUCUGGUCGCGGUGGUGGAGGUACGAGUAUUUCUGGGACAUCAACAACUACAGGGUCAAGGCCCGCGACGUCCCGUGGUAGCGGAACGACAGCAGGAGGAAAUAAUCUUCUACUAGCGAUGAAGAACACCAGGAAUUAUCCAAAUCAAGCACCUGAUCAGACGAAAUUCGGCGUGUCUCCGAAAUCGUCCAUUCCGACGGCUCCGAGCGACUGGCGGCCCAAAUCUCUGCAGGAAAUGCGGUCCAUCAUCGAGACGGACUCUCUCAUGGAUGUUUUGCUCCAUUCGCUCGCCUCGCAUUGCGAGCUGCUGUUUCAGAACUCCAAGUAUUUGGAGGCGACUUUGGUGAAAUUGGAAAAGGAACUUCAAGUGCUGGACGAAAACUACUGUUUGCAAGUCAUCAGAAAGCAAGAAUCCUCGGAACUGCAGCGCGGCAAGCACUUGCCGGUCUACGGAUUGAACGCAGACGUGACGAAGACAACUGCUUCAUCCAGUAGUGCGGCUGGAUCUGCUGCGUUGCCAUCGGGAGGCGGAGGUGCUGCGGCAAGUGAAAGUCCUGAACAAGGAGCAGCAACUAGAAGUACAGCAGCAGGAGCUGCGACAGGUGGUACAGGACAGCCGUCCACCAAUUCACCGACUUCCAAAACCGGAACGAAGGCUGCAGGUUUAACAUCAUCUGCCAACAAGGCUAAUAAUAUGAACGUUGACCGGGGAAAACUGGAGCCGGCGUUUGUCUGCAAGAGUUUCUCUUUCCGGGCGGGCCAGAAAAUCGGCGAAGUGCGAGAGUGCGUGCGGAAAGUGCUAUCCGCACAGAAUCCGCAGAUGUUAGCGAGCACAAAAAUCGUGUUCGUCAGUGAUCCCGCCUACGAUGCCAGAGCGCUAGCGGAUUUGAAGGCGUAUAAUGGAGGCGCGACUGCUGGGGGGAUCAUGACCAGCGGUGGGGCACUUAAAGGUAUUAAUUUAUGAAGACCAGGAGCACAAAUGAAGAUGAUGAACGAGAACUUUUGUCGUGGAUUAUAUACAACUAAGGCUCCUCUACUUUGGCACCUGUGACCGACUCUACUAGUGCCCACCGCUACUGUGCAGCACGUCUUUGUAAAAGUAGUACUUAGACGAGGCUCAAGAAAACUAGAACCAAAAACACCUACUUUCGUGACAAGCCUUUACAUCUCCAAAAAAAAACCAAUCUUUAUUUCAGGGUCUCCAGCAUCCAGGGCAGCUGGCGCUUCCACCCAGCAAGGGUCUUCAGGAACAGGAUCUUCAAGCCAACCGGUGCAGUUGGAUCUGCAUGAUGCGAAUUAUGCCGAUUCCUACCUGCUGCUCGACCCCAAAGACCUGGUGAAGCAGGCCAACAUGUAUCCACAGUAAAUUUUCCGUACACGUACACACACGGUGUCUGGUGGUGCAUGAGAAAACCUACCUUCGAUCCUAGUUUAGCAUGACAAGCGUAGUUACGCUCCAAAUUGGGUAAAUUUGUGAUGCAUUUUGUACAUGUGCGGGAAAUUUGUAUUGCAUAACAUGCUGCAGAUCAACGCGCAGAACAAAAUCGAAAAGCUCAAGCGCGCGCUUCAAGAUGCGGAUUCCGUCGCGGCCGCCACGACUAUCAAAUGCAUAUAUGUCUGGGUCUGGAAACUUGUGAUGCUGGUUGCGAAGGACGAGGACGCCUCAAUUGACUGGCAGAAGCAUGACAAGUUUUGGAGGCAGGUGCUACAGUCUUGCCUUUUCUGCAUGACAAAGCGAGCUUCUGCAUGACAGAAAAGUGGGGCUUUUGGGUAAUGUGCAUGACAGACUUGAGAGUCAUGUCCGACAAGCAUGACAAGCCUUGGAUCUUUCCAGACCCAGACAUAUUUGCAGUUCAUAACGACCCUCGCAGCGCAGUUGGCGGCGGUGCCCACGCACCAGGAGGCGGUGGUGCUACCGGAUAGUCAGCCGUUCGAGUCUUGCUCCUACGUGGUCUUGAUCCGGAAAAAUCGCGACUUGUUCUACUUGGUGAGCCACGGAAUCCGGAAGCGCGCGCAAGCCCCCUGGCUGUUCCGGUGGGCGAUCAAGAAGAUGAUGGUGAGCCGGAUAUCAAAAGGAAAAAUCCCCCCUCCCCAUAUCAAAACGAAAUGUCUGAUGCUGGAUUUGGAUACACAAAUCAGAUUUGUGUUGCAGAAAGGCAUUGCGGCCAGAUCCCCAGGCUAGCCCAGACUAGCUGGGGGCGUAUGGGUCUAGUUGCUCAGCAUGACAAACGGCCCCCCUUUAGGCCCAGCGGCAUGACAAAUCGCCUCCAUAAUAUGGCGGAAGCUUCUGCCCUUGUCUUCUUGCAAGACAAAUGUGAUUUGUGGCCUCAAAUCAGCAACACAAAUUUCCGGAAGCAUACCUUUUCAAUAUGGGGAGGGGGGAUUUUUCCUCUCAAUGCCGGAACUUGCUAGCCCGUCAGCGGAUGAAACAGAUAGCACAGAAGGAGAAGGAACUGGCCGCGAACCCGUUUUCCGCUGGUGGUGGAACUUCUACCGAGAAGAAGAAGCAGUUCAAAGUUUUCAAGCAUUUGCUCACCAGACUCGCCAACGUGCCGGAGACCAAACAAGCCGCCAUCAGUCGCAAGCGCAUUCUGUUCGACGUGUCGGGCAAGGACUUUGUGAAGCACAACAACGGCGUGCCGCCCGUCCUCCUUCGGUCCGCCGUGAAACGGGUGCUGUUCAAUCUGACCGGAAGAAGCCCUGCGGACCCCGGGAGUCUGUCGUUCUUGGGGCUAUCAGGAACGAAUCGAACUUCAUCCAAGAAUGACAGUACAGUUGCUCCUGAUGCAACUACUAAAUCUACUUCCGCUCACUCCCCUCAUUCCCACCACAAGGGCGCCGGUGGUGGACACCACAGUGCGAUGAAUGCGCCGGACACGAUCACGACCACAGACCCGAGCAACUACGCCUUCGACCAGCAAUCCUUGAUGAAAUUGAACGCAAAAGGGUUGCACAAAGACCCGAAAGAGUUUUCCAUUCUCCUGAGUGUGUUUCUGAAAGACACGCCCGUGAAUCCGGAAGAAGCGAAGGAACUGAAGAAGCAGAAGGAGGUGGAGGCGCAGGUGAGUCCGGAGGAGCGCGCCCAAGCGGUGCUGCGCCGCUGGAAAUUGCAGCGGAUGAAGGAACAGUUCAAAGAGAUCAACACGCCGUUCGCGGACGCGCUCAAGUUCGUCAGCUUUCUGCGGUACGAGCUGCGUGAUUCGGUGCAGAAUUCCAUGUGUUUGUUGAAUAAGAAAUUACGGAAGACGACCAUGCACCUGGCGAAAUACUUGAAGCAGAGUUCCAAAGACUUGGAGCGGUUCAUUUUUCACAGCACCGUGCGGCUGCGGACGCCGCUUGACCGGCACGUGCCGGACUUCGACAAGGUGGCGACCACGAUCAGUCAACUGGGACUGUCGAUUAACGCGAUCUCUCUGUCGGAGGAAGCUGUGGAAGGAACGGGUGCCGUUUCUGCAAGAAACGAAGCAAUUCCAGGCGGGGAAGCCACGACGACAAUAGGAACUGUAGGUCCCGAGGAAGGUGCCCCCGAAAUUAAGGCAAAGCCGGCGAAAAGAAUAGGGUCCUCGAACUCUGCGAAGUCCUCUGGCGGCUCUGCGGAAAACAAGGCAGCUGGGACGAAACUACUUCCAGGCGCGAAGACGUCGAAAGCAGACAAGGCCGCCGCCGCCGCACAGGGAGCGGCGGACCAAAAUGCGGCAGUAGGCGGGACAAGUGGGUUGCUAAACAAAGCUGCGUCCGCUACUUCGAUCAACGGCGAUAACACAGCUGCUGCAACCGCCAGUGCAAUGAAUAUGAAAUCCCGCUACCAGGCUCAGGACCACCCGUAUUUUCACAAUGUGACGAAGCAGGAGCUGAACUCACGCGCGUUCAAGAACUUUGUGCAAAAUUUCCUCGACCGCACGCAGACAAAAAUCGGAAACAAAGCACGCGAGGUAGUCGGGACGUCGAAGGCGCAACAAGACUCGCAGUUUCUGCCGAAAUUUCUGAAAGCGACUCUGCAGAUCCGCGAGACGUUGGAGCAACAGGACAACAUCAAUUAUGGCAGCUACGACAACUUUGACGGGGAUUUUGAGGAUAUCCUGAGUAAAAACGUCCCCAUACCAGAGUUGUGAUGCAGAUUUGCAAAGACAGGAAGACUGGUAAUGCGCAUCCCCAUGAGCGCCAUUUCCAGUCGUGUUUUGGAAUUUGUGAUGCUGUGAACAGGAUGAGCAGAUGAAUCUGUGAUGCGGCUGCACUUGCUAACCUGCACUACACCGCAGAGCGCAACUUGUCACGCGUGACUCACAAAACCCCUAGGUUUGUGUUGCAAAAUCCCCAUCCUGACUCUGGUGUGGGUACGUUUUUACUCAGUAUAGAAGACGAGGAAAGAACCUUGACCAACACGACUAGGUCAAACCUCUCCGGAGGCGGAGCGGCGACGACUUUGGACGACAGCAUGGCUGGAUCGGCGGCAGUCGGCGCGUCUCCGUCUCCCGGCGCUGGAGCUUCCGGGGCAUCAGCAGCUGGGACCGCAACGACCGCAGGACCGAGAGGACAGGGUCGCCGGGCCGCGCCACCAGCUGGGGCGGGCGCCGCGGCGGAAGGGCCGCAAGGUGAACAAAGGGCUGCAACAGCAGCGGGUAGGAGAGGAGACCGCGGUGGUGCAACUGGUGCGCAGCCGAAGAAAGCGAAGUCCCCCGCCGGCCCGCCGGGCGCGGCGCCGAAGAAGGCCGCGGCCAAAGCCGGGCUAGUGCCGCCAAAAGCGGGGAACAAUACCAGAGCUGGUGGUGCGGCGAGGGGCAAGUCGCCAACUUUGUAUUUCCCUGAGCCGAAUACUUCUGAAACGAAUUCGGAGAAAACGGCGUCCGAGAAAUCUGCGUCACCUAGCCCAAGUCCGAGUCCGCCGCCGACGCGAAGGGCCAAGUCCACCGUCGCGUCCAAAAAGCAAGCAGCAAUGUUCCUCGCGAACAAGGGCGGAGCUACCACAGCGCCAGAUUUGGCGUCCCCGGAAAAUGGAGCUACUGCAGCCGACGCGGCGCUUCGGGAUACCGCGCAGCUUGGAACUACAACCACGAGGCGUACUCUGAACGCGGCAAGCGCUCCGGCGACAACAGAAAAUUUGGAAAAUAUAAUCGACGAGCAUUCUUCGAAAGAUGAUAUGAACAACCCUAAUCUGCCAAACGCGCACCAGGAUGCGACAAAGUUAGUCGCUCCGGGUCCGACGAGAAAGAGCGUCAUGAAGCAAAAGAGACAAUCCCAACCAGCCAUGCCUGUUUCGGAGCAUCAGAAGCUGAGUCGCAUGUCGGUCGGCAGCAACUUGUUGGGGAUGUCGAACGACAGAAGUUCGACAGGAGAACUACAAGCCGGGGGUGAUUUCAUGUUUUCAUCGUCCAGGAUGGAUAAAGACUCAUUUCUCACGCCUGCAGUCACUCUGCCUGUUCCACCAAUUGGGGGCGCACAAGAGCCUCCCGAUGAAGCAUAUGCAAAUAGUACCGAGAAGCCACAAGAAACAGCUGGUCUACUUCUUUCCGAAGAACCGCAAGAAGAGGAAGACCAAAUUGUCGGACAGGUCCCCGUGCUCCCAAUGCGGGAGAUUCUGCAACAAGUUCUGCAAAAUUCUGUGGAUGUGAAGAAGCAGAUGGCGAUUUUGGACCAGUUUCUCACUAAGCAAGCAGCAGACUACAGCGACCAGCAAUUGACCUCCAUGUCUUCCAACGGGGGGCUGUUUGCUCGCGGGUCCUGCGUCGCCGUGAAGGGGCACCGGUACCCGAGCUCGGUGAUCGAGGGAAGGCCAGACUGGGUGGACGUCUUUCCGAGUGAACAAGAAGGUGGAACUGAUAACAAGCCAGAUGAAUUCACGUCGACCGCGGCGGGCGAGGCCAGCGGUGGUAAAAGAUCAUCGAAAAGGGCCAGCGCAAAGAUUGAUUUAGCAGGAACUACUGCGACGAACGAGGAUGGCGCCGUUGAAGAGAAAGGCACUGCUGGUACUACGAAGAAGAAGCGGUCCUCCCGAUCUGCAACUCGUCCCGGCGAAGUAGACGGCGAUAUUAAAGACGCGUCUGACAAUAAGAUUGUCGCCGACAAGGAAGGACAAGAAGAGCUGUCGUCAGAUGUAAAAAUGUUGCCCUCCUCGUUGACCAGCGCUGGGAACAGGAUGAACAGUCAAGACCAGCAGCAAAGGACCACAACUUCUAAAAAGCUGUCCUUUAUGUCGCUGGCUUCGGAAUUUGCGAAAACUCGCGAACCGCUUUCUUUCCCCCGCUCGAAUUUACUGGACGGGAUCGAGCCCCUCCGGGGCAUGGACGCGACGAACGCGAAGAAUCUAGCGAGAGAACAGGCUGGAACCACGACGAGCAGCACGACUGCCAAUUCAGCCACCGCCAGACUCCUGAGCGAGACCGCUGCCUCCGGCGCGAAGAAGCGGGCGCAAUUCGGCGAGCAACUGGAGGACGUGAAAUUCAUCCCGGGAAGGGGACAAAAGGACGUCGGCGGGGCUGGUGCGCCGGAUAGUGGCACUAGUUCUAGUACAACACCAGCUGGAACUAGUAGUGCCGCGGCCGCGUCCUCAAGUAGUUCAACAACCAGUGCGUCUACAACUGCCAAAGCCGCCGCCUCGUCCUCCAAUCUCGCGGGGGUAACGUCGGCUUUAAAAGUCGGGGCGAACCUGAAAAUGGCCCGCACGAGCACAGCCUCGGCUGGAGGCAAGAUUGCGUCCGCAGUUGCGAAGUCCUCUUCUGGAACUUCCAAAAAGCAGGGCGAGGAGAAAGAAAAACCUAGUUCCGGCGCGAAGAGUACUGGGAAGGAGGAGAGAAGUAAGAAGGAUGGCACUUCUACAACUUCUUCUUCUAAAAGUGCUGACACGAAGGACAAGGACGUCGACGGUGCUACAACAUCGUCAACAUCAGCUGAUAAGGAUGACGGUGAUGGUGCCGCUGUUGACAUCAAGAAGAAAAAGAAGAAGGACGUCGACAAAGAGGAAACUGACGAGAGGAAAACAAGUACGAAAAGCGCAACAUCAAAAGACGACGACGAUGCAGCUGGUGUUGCGGAGAAGAAAAAGAAGAAAAAAUCUUCUGACAAAGACGACGCCGGAGCAGAUGCCGAUAGUCAGGACAAGAAGAAAAAGAAGAAAAAAGAGAAAUCCUCUUCCUCUAGUUCGUCCUCCACUGAGGAAGCCAAUCCCAAUGCCGCCGCCGAAACGGGAGCAGCUGCCACACCAAAGGAGACCGCGAAGGAUGAUGGUGCAGCAAAGGACCGCAGCAGCACUGCCGAGAAGAAGAAAAAGAAGAAGAAGGAGGACGGUGA